GAGACAGUAAACAACAGACCUGGGAAAGUGGAGCAACAGUCUUGCUUGCUUUGAAGCUUUCUCUCCUUAGGUUUUGCAAAGGGAGCCGCGAAAUGGAGUCCAGCGAUGAAGAAUAUGAAUCGCUGGGAGAAGAAGAGGAAGAAGAGCUGAGUUCUUCCAUUCUCAGUGACGAAGUCCAGGACCUGGAGAAGCAGCUUUCCCAGAUUCAAGUCCAUAUUCCUGAAGUUGUAUAUGAGUUUGACUGGAAAUCUAUUGACACCUCCAACUUGCCAGAGUCCUACCGGACAAAUUCUGCCAAGGAGCAGCUGCUUUUGAAAGUAGCUGACAACUUUCACCACCAGUAUGCCCACCUCUGCCCAGACCGGGAGCCGCUCUUCCUCCAUCCGGUGAACGAAUGCGGCGUCGAAAAAUUUGUCAGCACCACGGUGCGCCCGACUCUGCUCCCUUACUUGGAGUUGUACAAUUGGGAUGGCUGUGCCCGCUUUGUGUCGGACUAUCUCACCAUGGAGCCCCUUCCAUCUCCCAUAGCGCCGCCCAGUUACCUGUAUUCGCCGACCACGAUCCUGCGAUACCAGCGAGGAAACUGCUUUGACUUCAGCGUCCUCUUGUGCUCUCUGCUCAUUGGUGCUGGAUAUGAUGCCUACUGCGUGAAUGGCUAUGCCACCCGAGAGAUCUGCAUGAUGGAUGAGUCCAAAGAGGUGUGCCCUCUCUUGCAAAAACCAGAACAGGUGACCGAAGAAGCCGCCAAAGAGAAACCCAAGAAGUAUGCCAUCCGUCCGCUUCGGGAUCUGACCAGCAAAUAUGAGCAGCAGGAGGCAGCCAAGCUACAGGCGAAAGUGCAAGAAGUGGAAGACAAGAAGAAGAAGGAGGAACAGGAAAAAAUAGCGGAAGCCCAGAAGCCCAAGCCAGACACCUUGUACGGCCUCCGGGUCCACGCCUGGGUCCUGGUCCUUUCAGGCAAGCGGGAAGUCCCUGAGAGUUUCUUUAUUGACCCUUUUACGGGGAAGAGCUAUAGCACCGCCGAUGAUCACUUCCUUGGCAUCGAGAGCGUUUGGAACCACAGAAAUUACUGGAUCAACAUGCAAGACUGUUGGAAUGCUUGCAGGGAUCUCCAGUUUGACCUCGGUGAUCCGGUGAAUUGGGAAUUCAUGCUGCUGGGGGCUGACAAACCUCUUCUGUCGGUGCCGGAUGUGGAGGAGGAAGAAGAAAUGGGAGAUGAUGAAGUGGAGGUUUUGCUUAAAGAAGAAGAACCAAAGGGUUUUGACAUGCCUGCAUCUUGGGUGGAGCAGAUCCAGAUAUCUCCAAAAGAGUUUGAGACCCGGUGCCCCCAGGGCAAGAAGGUGAUUCAAUACAAGAAUGCCAAGUUGGAGAAAUGGGCUCCAUACCUGAAUGGCAAUGGAUUGGUCUCCCGGCUCACUCUCUAUGAGGAUCCAGAUUGUACCAAAGUGCUGGAAGUAAAGGAAUGGUACAAGAACCGAGAAGACGUGAUGGAGACGCGGGAAUUGAACAAACAAACCGAUGUGACGACGGAGUGCUUCCUUCCUGGACAUGCACAUGGGCUCAAAGCCCACAUCUACAAAACGAUGGAACCUGAGACGGACCGAACCAUGGAGUUCUACAGUGAGACACGGGUAGACGGUCUGGAGAAACGCAUCGAAACCCCCACAGAUAUGACUGAAUAUUUUGUCGGCCGAUCAGAUUUUCUCUACUACCGCCACACAGAAUUUGGCCAAAGAGUGAAGAAAGUGGCUGCCAUUUUGGUCAACACUGAGACCAACGCCAGGCCUAUUUUCAAAAUCACUGAGCGGUUCCAUAGGAACCCGAACAAACUAGCAGAUGAAGAUGUGGCCGAGCGCAUCUUUUCCAUCGCGGAGGAGAAGAUCUACCUGACCUAUCACCGCAAGAAGAAUUACAUCACCCCUUCAAAGAGAGAGUUCAACAAACGCUCGGAUGUGGACAACAAGGGGAACAAAAUUGUCAUGACCCCCGACAUGUGCACCAGCUACCAGGCUGGGUCUACUGAGAAAGAAAAGAAAUUGUUCCAUCUGUAUGAAAUGCUGAUGAACCUCAUAGAAGAUGAGAAGUGCUCCCGGCACCAAGUGUGGGAGUCUGAGAUAGAGAUCCUGGAUAUUCUAAGGAAUCGCGAGGAUGAAGAAGCGGCCAGCAAGCUGACUGUAUCCAUUUAUGACACUGAGAGGAAUGAAAAGAGCAAAGAACAACGGGAGGCAAUGGAGCGCCAGUUGCAAGAGGAACGCCAGCGCCAGGUGGAGCAGGAACUGGACUACCUGGCACCAUUCCUGAUCCAGCUUGGUGGCGUGGACAAGAUGACCAAGUGGCUGGCCUUGCGCCUCAAGGAGGACUGCCUCACUGAUUUCAAGCACCGUCUGGUCGACAAGGCCAAUCUCAUCCAAGCCCGUUUCGAGAAGGAAACCCAGGAGCUUCAGAAGAAGCAGCAGUGGUACCAGCAGAACCAACUCAACAUGACCUUAGAGGAUGAGGAUGCCUACCUCAACUAUUGCUCCGAUGCCAUGUUCCGCAUUCGCAUCUUGGAGAUGCGUCUCAGCAAGCACAAAGAGAAAGCCCCGCUGAAGUACAUGGCUUUGGAAGAGAAACUCUGCAAGGAUCCCCGCCUGGCCGAAUACCUCAAAUUUUAUUUUUGAUUUUAUUAUGUGUUCACAACAGUCUUUAUGUUUC